AGAAGCCGGUCGACAGCCUUGUCGCUCCUCGCGCAAUACGCGUAAGCGCAUUUCUUCAUUGCUGCUUCUGUCAGUUGUUGCUCUUAGCUUCCUUUAUUAUCUCAUUGUAAUGCUGCAGCGCACCGGCGGCCUCCACCGCUACCGCACCGCCUGGCGAGAGCUGCUGCACCCGCUCCCCACUUGGGCUCGCAAAGCGCAGUGGCUGAAGCGGGACACCGUCGAAAUGAACGAGGCCGUGCUGCGUGAGCCGUACUACCGCAUCAAGGGCUACUCCCAGCCGGCCGCGUACACGGCGCCGCGUGUCAGCGACAGCGCGGUGCAGGAGCCGUCAACGCGUCAGAGCAGCGCAUUCGGCGUGCAGGAGCAGCUGCACCGGCCACGGCAGGCGCUGUCCCCAGCACGGCUGCAGGAGCUGCGAUCGCAACUGCAGUUUACGGCUGCAGCAGGACCGAUGCUGCGCAACUCAGCAGCGCCGGGUCCGGCCUUCUCGGACGAGUACGGGAACCGCCUUCGUCCGCGCUACCCGGAGUCGUGGGACUCGGUGCCGCCUCAUCAGCCCUCUCGCACGGAGGGCUAA